CGCAUCCUCAUCCUCCUACAGAGUCCAUCUUCGCCACCCCUUCUCCCACAGACCCAUGGAAAGUUUCCCCGCAUAUAUAUAUCUCCCACAAAUGGUUGCUAACCCUUGAUUCGUGCUGUCGAUGUACAACAAGGGAUAACGACACAGAGAGAGAAACGGACAGCGUCCAACACUGGCGGUGAUCGACCACAGCCUUUCUGCCGCCUUUUCCACAGCACCAUAGCAACAGAGCACCCCAUCCCCCUCCUCCCUUUCCCAAGCGACCCGCCUCGCACCGCAGCAACGCAACGAUGGCGCCACGUCAAGCAACCGUCGAGGUAGGCGAGGCGAAACCAGGCGAGACCAAGGUCCGCCGCUCGUUCUGCUCGCCCGACAAAUUGGUUGAGCGGCCCGUCGAGGGUGUUAAUACCAUGGCCGAGGUGCUGGAAUAUGCAGUCAAUAAGUUCGGGAGCAAGCCCAUGGUCGGAUAUAGAGAUUUGAUCAAGAUGCACAAGGAGGAGAAGGAGAUCACCAAAAAGGUGGACGGAAAGUACCAGAAGGAAAAGAAGACAUGGGAGUACUUUGAGCUGUCGGACUACAAGUACAUCACCUACAAAGAGUUCGCGGACCGCGUCAAGGUCAUCUCCAGCGGCCUCAUCCACCUCGGCCUUAGCAACAGCACACGUUUUAACAUUUAUGCAUCUACAGCCGUCAACUGGCAGCUGAUGGCCCACGCCUGCUUUGCACAAGGGAUCACCUUCUGUACUGCUUAUGACACGCUCGGCGAGGAGGGACUGCAGCACUCGCUGGACGAGCCCGAGGUCGUCGGUCUGUUCACUAACGCUGAACUGCUCGGGACCCUCGGCAAUGUCGUCGCGGACACGCCGCACCUUAAGUACGUCAUCUACGAUGGCGAAGACAAGAAGGGCGCGCUGGAGAAAAUCACCAAGACGCUCGAGGAGCGCGGGGGACGGACGCUGCACCUCGAUGAGCUCUUUAAGGAGGGAAAGGAGCACCCUGCUGAGCCGAAUUUGCCCAAGGCGGAUGAUAUCGCUGCGAUCAUGUACACAUCUGGCUCGACGGGCAAGCCCAAGGGUGUAAUCCUGAAGCAGUCUAACAUCGUUGCAGCCAUUGGCGCGGUGCUGUUGUUGCUCGGCGACUAUCUCCACCCGAUGGACACAUUCCUCGCGUACCUGCCCUUGGCGCACAUCCUCGAGUUUGUCGUCGAGUGCGCACUGAUGACCGCCGGCGUCACCAUGGGUUACGGCCGCGUCAAGACGCUGACAAGCAACAGCACGCGUAACUGCCAGGGCGACUUGCAGACGUUCCGCCCGAGCGUGCUCGUCGGCGUGCCCGCAGUGUUCGAACUGAUCCGAAAGGGCAUCGCCGCCAAGGUCAACGCCGGCGGCAGCAUCAAGAAGAACGUCUUUAACGCCGCUAUGACCAUCAAGAAGAACAACGUCCCCAUCCUCACCAGGGUUGUCGAUAAUGUCGUCUUCAAGCAGGUCCGCGACCAGACCGGAGGUCGCCUCCGCCUCGCACUCAGCGGCGGUGCGCCGCUCUCCCGCGAGACGCAGGAGUUCCUCAACGUCGCGCUUGUCCAGUUGCUGCAGGGAUAUGGCAUGACCGAGUCGUCUGCGAUGUGCGCCAUUUUGACGCCCGAAUUCUACCAGUACACCUGCGUCGGUGUGAUCAGCCCUGCGAUCGAGUGCAAGCUCAUCGACGUCCCGGAGGCGGGCUAUUUUGCUUCGAACGAUCCACCGCAAGGCGAGAUCCUGAUCCGCGGCCCGGCGGUGACGUCCGGGUACUUUAAGCGCGAGGAUGUGACAAAGGAGACCAUCUCUGACGAUGGCUGGCUCAUGACGGGCGAUGUGGGCCAGUGGAACAAGGACGGCACGCUGAGCAUCAUCGAUCGCAAGAAAAACCUCGUCAAGCUCUCCGGCGGCGAGUACAUUGCGAUCGAGCGCCUCGAGUCGACGUACAAGGCCAGCGAGGUCGUCUCGAACAUCUGCGUCGUCGCCAACAGCAACGCCAAGCAGCCCAUGGCUGUCAUCUUCCCGCACGAGCAGAACCUCAAGGGCGCUCUUGGCUCUGACGCUGAGCUCGCCGAGCUGAUCAAGGACAAGAACGCCAGGAGUGUCGUCCUCAACGCUGUCAAUCAGGUCGGCAAGAAGGCUGGUUUCAAGGCCAUGGAGCAACUCCAGACUGUCAUCCUUGUCUGCGAGGAGCUGCCUAUGACCGCCGCGCAGAAACUCGAGCGGAAGAAGGUGGAGGAAAAGUACAAGGACCAGAUCAAUACGGUCUACCCGUAGAUUUGGAAAGGCUUCUACCGACUCUCCUAUUCCCGCCUCGUCUCGUCGCUCUCGACCGAUAGGCUCACUCUUCCCCCUUUUGGCAUGUUCUCGUAUGACUGCAUCGCGGC